CGUCAGGUUGGGAAGCUAAAGGAAAUGUCUAAUCAAGGAGUAAGGAGAAAUGGACCGGUAAAAUUGCGUCUAACAGUGCUCUGCGCCAAAAACCUGGCGAAGAAGGACUUCUUUCGUCUGCCCGACCCGUUUGCUAAGGUGGUGGUGGACGGUUCUGGUCAGUGUCACUCUACAGACACGGUGAAGAACACUCUGGACCCCAAAUGGAACCAACAUUACGACCUCUACAUUGGGAAGACAGACUCGAUCACCAUCAGUGUGUGGAACCAUAAGAAGAUCCACAAGAAACAGGGCGCUGGUUUCCUGGGCUGUGUCCGGCUCCUUUCCAACAACAUUAACCGCAUCAAAGACACCGGCUAUCAGAGACUGGAUCUGAACAAACUGGGGCCUAGUGACAGUGACACAGUGCGGGGACAGAUAGUGGUGAGUCUGCAGUCCAGAGAUCGGAUAGGGUCCGGAGGUCCUGUGGUGGACUGCAGUCGUCUGUUUGACAAUGACCUGCCCGACGGUUGGGAGGAGAGGAGAACUGCAUCAGGCCGUAUCCAGUACCUAAAUCACAUCACACGCACCACACAAUGGGAACGUCCUACCAGGCCAGCGUCAGAGUACUCCAGUCCCGGGCGACCCCUCAGCUGUUUGGUGGACGAGAACACGCCCAUCAUGACCCCAAACGGGGCGACGGGGGUGCAAGUAGGCGACCCGCGGGCCCAGGAGAGAAGGGUCCGUUCCCAGAGACACAGGAACUACAUGAGCAGAACCCACCUGCACACACCUCCCGACCUCCCCGAGGGCUAUGAGCAGAGAACCACACAGCAAGGACAGGUCUACUUUCUUCACACGCAGACGGGCGUCAGCACGUGGCACGACCCCCGAGUACCCAGGGAUCUCAGUAAUGUGAAUUGUGAGGAGUUGGGCCCUCUGCCUCCUGGCUGGGAGAUCAGGAACACUGCCACGGGCAGAGUCUACUUCGUGGACCAUAACAACCGAACCACGCAGUUCACUGACCCGCGUCUGUCCGCCAACCUGCACCUGGUUCUCAAUCCGAGUCCAAACGGUUCCCGGAGUGGAGGUGAAGGUCAAGGUCAAGGUCAAGGUCAAGGUCAAAACAGCCGUGCGAUGCAGCUGAAAGACCAGGCCCAGCAGGUGUUGGUGUCUCCCAGUCAGCUGCCUGAGGAGGCUGAGUGUCUGACGGUGCCCAAGUAUAAGAGAGACCUGGUCCAGAAACUGAAAAUCCUCCGCCAGGAGCUCUCCCAACAGCAGCCGCAGGCCGGGCACUGCCGCAUCGAGGUGUCUCGCGAGGAGAUCUUUGAGGAGUCGUACAGGCAAGUGAUGAAGAUGAGGCCAAAGGACCUGUGGAAGAGACUGAUGGUGAAAUUCAGAGGAGAGGAGGGGCUUGAUUAUGGAGGAGUUGCCAGGGAGUGGCUGUAUCUUCUGUCUCACGAGAUGUUGAACCCAUACUACGGCCUGUUCCAGUAUUCCCGCGACGACAUUUACACGCUGCAGAUCAACCCCGACUCUGCCGUCAACCCUGAGCACUUGUCUUAUUUCCACUUUGUGGGGAGGAUCAUGGGAAUGGCAGUGUUCCACGGCCACUACAUCGACGGGGGCUUCACGCUGCCGUUUUAUAAACAGCUGCUGGGGAAACCCAUCACCCUGGACGACAUGGAGUCUGUCGACCCCGAUCUACACAACAGCCUCGUCUGGAUCCUGGAGAAUGACAUCACUGGGGUUUUGGAUCACACGUUUUGCGUGGAACACAACGCCUAUGGAGAAAUCAUCCAACACGAACUCAAACCCAACGGCAAAAGCAUUCCCGUUACCCAGGAAACAAAGAAGGAGUACGUCAGGCUGUACGUAAACUGGCGUUUUCUGAGGGGAAUAGAGGCUCAGUUCUUGGCCUUGCAGAAGGGCUUUAACGAGGUCAUACCACAACACCUGCUUAAGGCUUUCGAUGAAAAAGAACUGGAGCUCAUCGUCUGUGGCCUGGGCAAGAUCGACAUCAACGACUGGAAGUCCAACACGCGGCUGAAGCACUGCACUCCUGACAGUAACAUCGUGAAAUGGUUCUGGCGCGCCGUGGAGUCGUACGACGAGGAGAGACGGGCGCGGCUCCUGCAGUUCGUCACCGGCUCCUCCAGGGUCCCCCUGCAGGGUUUCAAAGCCCUACAAGGAGCUGCAGGGCCACGUCUCUUCACCAUUCACCAGAUUGACGCUAGCACCAACAACUUGCCCAAAGCUCAUACCUGCUUCAACCGGAUUGACAUUCCUCCGUACGAGAGCUACGACAAACUGUAUGACAAGCUGCUGACAGCUAUCGAGGAAACGUGUGGCUUUGCCGUGGAGUGACAGCCAGCCACUAGGGGGCGACCGCGAGCACGAGGCGCUAUUCUGACCCAUCGCUCAGCUAACAGAGCUAGCGGCUACGUUCUCGAAGCUCUGUCCCCCCCUCCCAAACCGCUCCCAGCCGUCGCUAGGAUACUGGCUGAGGCUAUGGGAGUAUGCAGAGCACCCACCGUCUGGUUCUGCUACAGGAUUUAGUUACAUCCCUCCAUUUAAACAACAAAAAAAAAAAAACACAAAAAAAAGAAGAAGAAGAAGAAAAGAAUCGACUU